GUCGAUUACGAGGGUCCUGUGAUACUGCGGCUGUGCUGGUUGCUGCACGGAACAGCCGCACCAGCACAGCCGCGGCGAGAAGCCAAGGAGUCGCGACUUGCGAGGCAAGGACGAGAAGCCAUGGAGCGUCUGCAGAGAAUCUUCAGCACCGGGAUGGGGCAGUCGCCGUCGGACUCACCGCUGCUCGAUUCCUCCGAGCAGGUCUACAUCUCCUCCCUCGCGCUCCUCAAGAUGCUCAAACACGGGAGGGCCGGCGUGCCGAUGGAGGUGAUGGGCCUGAUGCUGGGCGAGUUCGUCGAUGACUACACGGUCAGGGUUGUGGAUGUCUUCGCCAUGCCGCAGAGCGGGACAGGGGUCAGCGUCGAGGCUGUUGAUCACGUCUUCCAGACCAACAUGCUCGACAUGCUCAAGCAGACCGGGAGACCUGAAAUGGUGGUAGGCUGGUACCAUUCACAUCCCGGAUUUGGUUGCUGGCUUUCAGGAGUUGACAUUAACACUCAACAGAGUUUUGAAGCUUUAAACCCCAGAGCAGUUGCUGUUGUAAUAGAUCCCAUCCAGAGUGUCAAGGGGAAGGUGGUCAUUGAUGCAUUCCGUCUCAUUAACCCUCAGACCAUGAUGCUUGGCCAGGAGCCACGACAGACAACAUCUAAUGUUGGGCACCUAAACAAGCCAUCUAUUCAGGCUCUUAUUCAUGGGCUAAACAGGCACUACUACUCCAUUGCAAUUAAUUACCGAAAAAAUGAGCUUGAGGAAAAGAUGUUGCUGAACUUGCACAAAAAGAAAUGGACUGAUGGAUUGAUUUUGAAACGGUUUGACACUCAUUCAAAGACCAACGAGGAGACUGUUCAGGAAAUGCUGAGCCUGGCCAUCAAAUACAACAAGGCAGUGCAAGAGGAGGAUGAGCUGCCACCUGAGAAACUAGCGAUAGCAAAUGUUGGACGACAGGAUGCAAAGAAGCAUUUGGAAGAGCAUGUCUCGAAUUUGAUGUCAUCAAACAUAGUUCAGACCCUAGGGACUAUGCUCGAUACAGUUGUCUUUUAGUCUGCUACUACCAGUUAUCUCAAUUCUUUACACAGAACUUGUCUGUUACUUUUUGUUCACAGUUAGCUUGAUGUAAGGCACAUAUUAGGCAAAAGAAAAUUCUGCUGUAGAACAACUUGACAAUUUUCUGUCAAUCUUUUGAUAUUUUUUAAUGUUCCAUGUAUUAAGCCCUAGCAAAUUCUAGGUUUGCAUGUUCUUAUGAGAUUUCUCUACCGAAUAAAAAAUUUAUUCAUGCUUUAAUAAA